AUGUCGACAAAGUACCCCCCUCGCCUCCCGGGGAAGGGGGAUCUCCCAGUUAAAAAGGUCGAAUUUCCCGAUGAAAGCAAAGCUGCAGAUAGCGUGUGUACCUGGAUCAUCAGUACAGGAACCAAUUGCGGAGUUGACAAAGCUGUUGGUGAAGCAGUACGCGAAGGUCAAGUGAUGAGCUGGAUUUCAAAAAAAGAACAAGUAAGGGCCCCGAUUGGUAUUGGUAUCACCACUUGGGGUUAUGUGAAGAAUUUUCAAGACCUCGUUGGAAAAAAAAACAAGGGACAGGGAUGUUACCCAGCUAAAUACUAUGUAUUCCCCGCUGUGCAGCUUGAUAAGCCUGUCUCCCUGGAUCCACAUCAUACUCACUUCUUGUUGGUGGAUGAUGGAACAAUCUUCCCCCAUGGUAGAGACAUGCCUGGUUGUGACAUAGCGUUUCGUGCAAAACUUGAGCAGGCUAUGAUAACACCAAGAUCUGCUCAAAAUGGACUUGAGACCAACCUAAAAAUACCCGUGGUGAAAGUUUGCAUUGAGGGUGGCAUGGACACCAUUCUAGCCACAAAAGAGGCUGUUGUCGUCAAGAUUCCUGUUGUCGUUUGCGAGGGUACCGGAGGAGCAGCGGACUUAAUAGCUCUUGCAAAAAAUGGGAAAAUCGAAGAUUUUAAUAUUAAAGAAGAAAUAAAAAGAGUGUUUCACAUCAGUGAAGAUCAUUCUAUGAUACCAAAGCUAAUAGAAGCUCUCAAUUUUAUCGCGCAACAUGGAUCAAUGAUAACAGUCUUCAACAUGUCUGAUGAUGAGCAAGUAGGUUUGGAUUUCGCAUUAUUCAAAGCUCUGCUCAAAUGCAAGCCAGUGCCCUUCAAAAUCCAGUUGCAGUUGACCAUGUCAUGGAACAGAGUUGAUGUUGCUAAGAGUAUUUUUGAAGGCCACACUGGAUUGCUACUUGAUGAUGUUUAUGAAUUUGUGACCAAAUCAUUGAGGGAGAACAGAGUCUAUUUCCUUAAACUGUUUUUAGAAAAGGGUGUCAUCAUGAACAAAUAUCUAACAGUUGAAAUGCUAAGUGACUUGUAUAAAAACGAACAAGAAAAUAACAAAUAUGUCCGGAAGCUAGUUAGAGAAGUUGGAAAUUCUCGUGAACUGAAUUCUGUUAUUCUUGAUCACGUUUCGUCAAUAAUUCGGUCAUUAACAGGAGCACCCUUAUACCAGAUUAACGAAAGUGAACUUAAAGGAGAGUUGGAGCGCCCUUUUACAGAUUUGUUUUUGUGGGCAAUUUUAGGAAGCAGAAUGGAUCUGGCAGAGUUCCUCUGGGAGGGUAUUGAGGACCAAGUGUGUUCAGCUAUUGUUGCUUUACGAAUGUUCCUUUCCAUGUCAGAAAAGGAGAAAGAUCCUAAUGUUCAGCUAAAGCUUCUGGACAACUCUAGAAAAUUUGAAAUGCUUGCUGUCAAUCUCAUUGAUGAGUGUUUUGAAACGAAUGAAAAGCUAGCUCAAAGGAUGGUAAGGAUCCCUCAUCAGCUGUGGAGUGGCAUGAACACCCUACAAAUAGCUGCCGACUCAAAAUCCGAGGAUUUCAUUUCACGUCCCUGUGCUCAGGCUGCCCUAAAAAAUGUGUGGAUGGACGGGAUAGGUUGUUCAUCGUGGAAGGUAUUGCUGGCUUUGAUUUUUCCUCCGUUGCUGCUCGUAAUUUUCUACGAAAAGGAUUGUGCGCCUAAAAGUACUUCAGAUAAAGUACUAAGAUUUUAUAAUGCACCUGUAUCAAAGUAUUUCGGCGGAUUGAUCACAUAUGUGCUGUGGCUAUUCCUGUUUAGCUAUGUGUUAAUAUUCAAUUUUGAAUCGAGGCCUUCAUUCUGGGAAAAUAUACUAUUUGGUUGGAUUUGCACUCUUAUCAUCGAAGAAAUUCGACAAUUUGUGAUACUAAAAAAGUUUGAAACUUGCUAUAAGAAGGUACAUCAAUGGAUGCGUAGCGAUUGGAAAUGGGUUAACGUUCUAAUGUUGACCCUUGCCUGUGUGGGUUAUGGAUUACACUGGAGUUCAAGAAUGACAGAAAUUGCGAAAGGGUUCUUCUGUGCUAGCUGCUUCUUAUCCUAUGUCAGAUUGCUUAGGAUUUAUGCUGUUAAUAACUAUCUUGGCCCAAAAAUUGUUAUGAUAAAGCAAAUGAUCACGGAGCUUCUAUAUUUCCUGAGUAUCUUACUCGUCUUUAUGAUUGGUUAUGGUGUAGCCACUCAGUCUCUUCUUUUUCCCAAACAAAAGACCGUUGCUGAAGCUAUUGCUGGUGUCUUCUACAUGCCUUACUUACAGAUACUGGGUGUAUUGUUUCUUGAUAUUUACACUGAAGGUAAGCUUGAAGACUGCAGUAACGAUCCAGAUAAUAACCAGCAUCCUUGUCCUGAAAAGCAUCCCUUGGUCAUAAUACUGUUAGUUAUCUACCAGUUGGUAGGAAGGAUCCUGUUAUUGAACCUCCUCAUCGCAAUAUUCAGUUUUGUGUUUGGAGAGAUUCAAAGCAAAGCAGACAAGAUAUGGAAGUAUGAAAGAUGUGCACUAGUGAUGGAGUAUGCUGAUAGACCUACUCUUGCAGCACCAUUUAAUGUCGUUGAACAUAUCUAUAUGGUCAUCAAAUGGUUAUACAGAAAGUCAGCUGGCAAACAGCAAUCCGUAAAUGGUUCUUCAUACGAGACAGACGGUGAGUUGAAAAUGUUUGAGAAAGUAUGUGCUGCAAGAUAUCUUUGGAAGAAAACAAAUAUCAAAAGUUCAGAAGUUACUGACAAUAAAAGUUAGCUGUAAUGAAAAAAAAACCUCGUCUACCUGUACUUGCAGUUUUUGUUCCAGCUCACUGAUUCUGUCCAGGCUUGAAGAAUUUUUGGAAAAUGUUGAAAUGAAAUGUUGAAAUGAAAUAAAGAAUACAAGUAUAGAAGUAUGCACAAGCAGGACCCCGAGAAUGGAGACAUCCUGCUCCAAAGCCACAACUCAUAGAAACAGCUACUAUCAUGAACUUUAAAAGGGCAUAGUAGAGCUGCGGUAGCACUGACAAAAUAAACUUCACUUCCCUGAGUAAUCUGCUGAUAGGAAUAAACGGACAUUGACUAAUCUCCGUGUGUAAUCAUUUUUUAAAACAAAUUGCAAGUUAUGUAGUUAUAUAUAUUUAACGAGAGUGAAAGUCCUGUACUGUAAAAGUUAAAACUUUGUAGCCUACUCAGUGUUAAAAAAUUAAUGUAAAAUGAUAGUCAGAAAUUUUUAUGUAGUUGAACAAGAGGUAUUUGUAGAUGUACUUAUUAUUUAAUAUAUUAGUUGUAUAUCUGUAGAAAUAUGAAUGCAGCUCCAUAAUCGAACAUCUUUUAUGUAUAGUUCAACAUUAUGACAUUUAAACAAAAGAAUUUAUAAUCAAAAUAUCAUGUCAAGUCAUUUUUGCAUAUAUUCUUAUGAAAGGUAUUUGUAGAAAAAAGUUUAGAAUAAACUUGCUUAUUUUGCAAUAACAUACAAAUUAUUAACUUGUGCACAGAAAUUAUAUUGAAUUUAAAAAAAAAAAUGUGUACCCUGAUUUCUAAACCAACAAAUUAUAACAAAUAUAAUAAAACACUUCCAGUGACUGGAAGUGUUUCUAUCAUUUUUCGCUGUAAACUGACGGGUAGACAUUUUUUAAAAACACUCAUUUCUAUGUCCAAGUUGGUAAUUUUUAUUGAAAUACACGCCAUCGUGUUGGGAUUCAAUAUUUCGACAUUAAUUAUGUCAUCAUCAGGAAUGAUUUUUAUGUUACUUCAAAAUGGGCAAGUUAAUUAAAAAAAUAUUUUUAUGAUUUUGUUGGUAUUUAGCAUGGAAUGUAAAACAAAAAUCUGAUAUUUUAUGUAGUUAGACACUGAAAUAAAAUAAUCGUGGGAUAUAGCCCCGAUUGUCAUUUUGGUUUGUAUUCAUAUACUAAGAGGUAUUUGUAAUAAUACAUUUCUCUAUUGUUUUUAGUUUUAGGUCUAUAUUAAAAUAUGAAUGCAGCUGCAUAAUUUUUAAAUACAAAUAUUAUACUAUUGCUGUCCGGCGUUAGUAUAUCGGGUAUAACGUAUUGGACAGGGACUAAUCUUAAAUUGUUAUCAAAUUUAACAACGAAUUGCGAGUUAUGUAAUUAUUGAUAUUUUGAACAAGAAGGAAAGUCCAGUGCGGUGAAAUUUAAACUUUGUAGCCUCUAACAAAUUUAAAUUAGACUAUGAUUUAUGUGGUUAAACAUUAUGAGAAUUGAACAAAGUGAUUACCAUUUUGGUUUAUAAUUUUGUAAGAGAUCUUGGUAGAUAUACUAUACUAAUAACAUUUUGAUUGGUUUUGGAAUUGGAAUGGAUUAUAUAAUUGAAAAACACCUGUACACAGUAGCAUUGGUUUUGAAGAAAUGAAGACAACGAGCGACGCUAUUGCAGUUGACAAAGAAUUCAAUCUUUUUGUUACUGUUCAUAACAAGCGCUUUUCAGAAAAUCAUCCCGUAUUUGCAAGAUCAAAACUAAUUUGCAUCUGCUUUAGGUUGGAAGUUAAUGAUGAUAUACUUAAAAUUUUUCUUUAAUCUCUGAAGUUGUAUAAUUGUAUUUGGGCAGGCAAUAUAUCUUAUAAACAAACAAACAAACAACAUAUUAAUCAAAUCAAAGAUAUAGUUUCAUUAUUAUCUUUGAUUAGUGUAUUUAAAAGGAACCUUCAGAGCUUGGUCUGAGGCAUUUCUUUCCAGCAACUUCUGUUCACACCUUUUCUGCAUGUACAGUAUACGAAACAGUAUCGAAAUUUUUAAAAAUGGUUUGUCACAAACUUGUUGUAUAUCAUAAUUUGUUUUUUAGCAUGCGUUAAAUGAGAUGCAAAUCAUCAUUACAGGCUGCAACCAAGUACAUCACUAAUGUCACAAUUAAACAUAUUUCACAAUUCUCAAGCUGAGACAACUAACUGUAUGAUUGUUUUCCACAGUAUCAAACUCUGAUGAUGAAAGUAAUAAAAGCCAUCGUGAUUCUAUAUUUCGAUUUUCUUCAUUGAUCAUGUUAAAAUUGUCACCCAAUUUAUGUUCACACUAAUGCUUGUUCUCUAUCAAGUGUAUUCUGAGUAACUAGGUCUGAGAUCAUCAAUCGUCUUACAGGGUGCAAAACUGAUGCCCGCCCGCUCGCCAAUGCAAGUGAAAUACAAAAUUGGCUAGUUGUAUUCAACCCCCCCCCCCUACAAAAAAAGGUCCAAGGUCCCCGACGGGGUGGGGGGUGCUGAUGUCCCUGACGAGAAAAAAGUGGGCAUGGUAGUAACUGUGCUAUUGUUCAUCACGAUAAAUUUUGUUUUUCUUCGUUGUUUUCAGCUUUAAAAUUAAACAUACUGAUUGAUUAUUUUAUUGAAUGAUCAAUAAACAUAUUAAACAUGGCUAUUAGAUUUUCGAAUUUUGUACAUGCAAUCUAAUCUUUAUUAUGAAUACAUUAUAAAGUUAUAUAGUAUCGUACGUAUAUACAAUCAGAUUGUUAUAUGUUGUGAAGUUCAGUAUUGUAUGUAUACAACUACUUUGUUAUUAGAAACCAGUUAAUUUUAUAUUAUUAAGAGGUUCACUUUGACCCCAACUGAAAUAAGGUUUCUUUUUUACCUUUCUUGGGUCAUCCUUAGUAUCUUGCCCUUGUUUUUUCUGUUUUUGUUUGCUUUGUAUUUUUUGUAUGUAAUAGUACUGAAUAAAAUCAUAUAUAUUGUGUAA